AUGAAUGAACUGUUAAAAAUAUGUUGUGAAAAUGAUCGCUGGGGUAACAUCUCAUCCUCGGCCGAGUCCACCCGUUUACAGGACUGGCAGUUUUGUGGGGAAUUGUUCUCUGCCAUACUUCCGAUCCCAAACAAAUUUCUAAAAGAAUCGCUAGAGAAGCGACAGGUGGUUAUUCGGCAGCUGGCAGAAGCAAGUAAUGGAGGCUCUGUUAUUAAUUCCGAGCAUCGAAUGGAAGAAGCAAACAAUGGAGGUCAUUCGGUUGUGAAUUCCAAGCAAAAGGUCGAAAAUUGGCUACAUAGACAGGAAACUGGAAGAUCAGAUGGAAAUCAGCAGAACCUUGGUGUUAACCCGAUUCCCGAAGACCCAGUGGAUCCCGUCUCCUCAGUACGAACCCUGACGCAAACGCAAAUUGCCGCGAGACAGGUAUUGGGAAAGGACCUGCCCGUAUUUAGUGGCAAUCCAGAAGACUGGCCUAUCUUCAUAAGUAAUUUUGAGCAGUCUACAGCGACCUGCGGUUAUUCGGAUGCGGAAAAUUUAGUGCGGCUUCAGCGGUGCUUGAAAGGAAACGCCCUGGAGUCGGAACUGGUAGAAAAGCUACCCGGCUCGUUGCGCCUUGAUUGGGCAGUUUAUAAAAAUCAUCAUGAAAUUGCAACUCUUGACACCUUUGGUGAGUUUAUGUCGGGACUGGUGACAUCAGCAAGCGAAGUUUCCUUUAGCGUUCCGGGCUAUAGUGUACCAAAGUUUACCAUGCCAAAUGAAAAUAGGAACAGCAAACCCCGAGGAAAUACGGUAAUCGUUCAAGCCCAUUGUGCGGAUGAAAAGCCAGCACAGACGCUUAGUAACAAAAGCAGUGUUAGGCCAGGCAAGCCGUGCCUAUCGUGUGGGCGAGUAGGUCAUCGAGUGGCAGAUUGCCAGCAGUUCAACAUCGCGAGCGUGGAUGAACGCUGGAAGCUGGUACAGCAAAAAGGACUCUGCAGAACGUGUCUCAAUAGUCAUGGCAAAUGGCCGUGUAGAUCCUGGCAUGGUUGUGGUGUCGAUGAAUGCCGACAGAAGCACCAUACUCUUUUGCAUUCCUCCCCUUCUUCUGAUCGAAUAAACGUAUCAUCUAGCCAUGUAACCUCUGGAGAUUUACAGUGGCCACUUUUCCGCAUACUCCCUGUUAUUUUAUAUGGCAACAAUACCUCUGAAAUAAUUUACGCCUUUAUUGACGAGGGGUCAUCCUAUACUCUCCUGGAUGAAUCUAUUGCAAGACGGCUUGGUGCUAAUGGGAAAUCGGAACCGCUAACACUGAAGUGGACUGCAAAUGUAACACGGGUCGAGCCAAAGUCACAACGUGUGCAAAUCGACAUUUCUGGUAAAAGCAAUAGUUCACGAUACUCUCUCUUCAACGCUAGGACAGUUAGUCGUCUGGUUCUGCCGACUCAAAGCUUAAAGUAUCACGAUCUAGCGAAUCGUUUUCCCCAUCUGCGCGGCCUCCCACUCGACGACUAUGAUACGAUUGAACCUAAAUUACUUAUCGGUCUGGACAAUUUGAGGUUGUGCGUUCCCCUAAAAUUACGCGAAGGAGGACAAACACAUCCGGUUGCUGCAAAAUGUCGCCUAGGAUGGAGCGUUUAUGGAUAUGUUCCAAACAAAUCAUCCCAAUCGGCGCUUCUUGGGUUUCACAUGGGAACGGUUUCCGAUCGGGAUCACGAACUAAACGAGCAGCUUCGUGAUUAUUUCACCCUCGAAGAUGCAGGAGUUACUGAUUCGUGUCAGAUCGUGAAGUCAGCCGACGAGAAACGUGCCGUACAACUGCUGCAAGAAACAACUCGGCGCACGCCUACCGGACCGAACUACGAAACAGGCCUGCUGUGGAACACGGACAGCCCGAAUUUUCCCGACAGCUACCCAAUGGCCGUCCGACGUUUGGAGGCAUUGGAACGUCGACUUCAACGAGAGCCAGACCUUCUAGAACGUGUGCGUGAACAAAUCGUGGACUACGAAAAGAAAGGAUACGCCCACCAAGCGAGUUUGACCGAAUUGACCUCGGUUGAACCCAGUCGCAUAUGGUAUCUUCCUCUAGGUGUUAUAACAAAUCCCAGGAAGCCUGGCAAGGUUCGUCUGAUCUGGAACGCAGCAGCAAAAAUAGGCGAUGUUUCCUUCAACUCUCGGCUUUUAAAGGGGCCCGAUCUAUUGACCCCUCUUCCGAUGGUAUUAUGCCAGUUUCGCCAGCACCCAGUUGCGGUGACGGGUGACAUCAUGGAAAUGUUCCAUCAACUUAAAAUACGCUUCCCAGAUUGCCAGUCCCAGCGCUUCGUAUUUCGACAUCGCACUACAGAUCUUUCUCAGAUCUAUAUAAUGGACGUCGCCACUUUCGGGUCAUCCUGUUCCCCAGCAUCAGCGCAAUAUGUGAAAAACAUUAACGCAGAUGAGUUCGCCAGCGAUUAUCCACGAGCCGCAGCAGCAAUAAAAAACAAACACUACGUGGACGAUUAUUUGGACAGCUUCGAGACUGUCGAAGAGGCUAUUGCAGUAGUUAACGAGGUCAGGCUGGUGCACUCGAAAGGAGGCUUCACUCUCCGGCGCUUCCUGUCUAACAAGUCAGACGUUUUGCAAAGAAUAGGCGAAGUGGCUGAGGAAAAUGCAAAAAACUUGCACCUUGUGCGGGACGGCAAGCCCGAGUCAGUGUUGGGGAUGAGGUGGACUCCCAAAGAAGAUGUAUUCAUCUAUUCCUUUAGUACACGAGAUGAUCUUCAAUACAUUUUGGAUCGCGACUAUAUUCCUACCAAACGCGAAGUAGCUAAAGUGGUGAUGAGUCUUUUCGACCCACUGGGUCUCAUCGCUUUCUUUCUUAUUCACGGCAAAAUCCUUAUCCAGGAGCUGUGGGCCGCGGGAAUAGGAUGGAACCAGCAAAUUUCGCAAGAUCUCAAUGAGCGCUGGCAGCACUGGGUGAAAUUACUGCAACAGCUCGACCUGCUGCGCAUACCGCGCUGUUUUUUUCGUUCGUCGACGAAACGUUCCAAUCUGCAACUUCACCUUUUCGUUGACUCAAGCGAAAGCGCGUACGCUUGUGCGGUAUACUUCCGUUUGGAAUCCGAGUGUGGUGCAGAGGUGGCGCUUGGAGCAGCUAAAACCAAGGUAGCGCCGCUCAAGACUCUAUCAAUACCUCGACUCGAGCUCAGAGCAGCGGUCCUGGGCGUCCGCCUAAUGGAAACUAUCCAGAAACAUCACACCUUUACAGUCAGUCAACGCUACUGCUGGAGCGACGCGAGUACGGUACUCGCAUGGAUUCGCUCUACUGACCAUCGGCGCUACCAUAAAUACAUCGCAGUUCGAGUUGGGGAGAUCCUAUCGUCGACACACCAAUCGGAGUGGCGGUGGGUACCAAGUAAGCAGAAUGUGGCCGAUCUAGCCACCAAGUGGAAUAAAUUACCACAUGUGACAGCAGAAAAUCCCUGGUUCCGAGGACCAGCAUUCUUGUACGAACCUGAAGAGCAGUGGCCUAAGCAGCGAAUAGUUGUUCCGACUGAGGAAGAACUUCGUCCUACCCACUUUCUCGCAGUACAUUUAGCGCCGAAUAUGGUAUUCGAAAGGUUCAAUCGCUGGACUAAAAUGCAUCGCGUGGCCGCAUAUGUUUUUCGUGGCAUUGAUAAUUUUCGUCGGCGUUUAAUGAAACAGGAUUUGCAACUCGGUAAUCUCACCAGCGACGAGCUCCGGCGAGCUGAAGAAGCGCUAAUCAAAACAGCUCAAAAUGAAUUUUAUGCAGAGGAAAUCGCUAUACUUAUCAAGUCGCAAGGAUCACCUGAAAAUCGCCACGCCACCGUGGACAAAUGCAGCUCAAUCUUCACUUUGUGUCCCUUUCUGGACGAGAAGAGCAUUUUGCGUAGUCGUGGUCGAAUCGAUGCUGCACCGUAUGCGUCGAUCGAAGCUAAGUUUCCAGCCAUCCUGCCUAAUCAACAUUUCUUUUAG